AUGAAACAGGCUACACACGAGGUAGACGAGCCCCCCAUUAACUGGGACAUGGACAUCAAGGACCUUGACAGUCCCGGAUCCCGCAGCAGCCGCAGCCCAAGCCCGGACGACCAGAGGACGCAGCUACGUCGCUUUGUCAGUCAUCCGUGGGGAGUGAUCGACUACUACCUAUACCUCACGGCGAUCGAGCGCGGCCGCGACGGGGAGACUCGGCUCAACGAGACCCGGCUGCUGGCAGCGGAUGGAUUCCAGCAUCUCAGCUUCGACGACCUCAGCGAUGCCGAGGACACUUUUGCCCGCGCACCGGCGGGCACGAAUCCCACGAUCUUCUUCGUGAGUCUGCCCGUGCCAAGCUAUGAGAAGGAGUUCUCGCACAGACAACUGCUGCUGGGUUUCGAUCUGCAGCGACACCAUCUGCUGGGAUACCUAUUCGAGAACGCACCUGACACGACCGAUCUCUGGAAAGUAUGGGAGCAGGGUCAGCGUGUGAUCGACCUUCAUGUCUUGCGAUUCAUCGACAUGCUCGAGUACGCCACCGAGCAGCGGCCGCAGAUCUUUCGGAGCGGGCUGCUGCGGCAUUUCCGCGAGACGCAGCGUGGAUUCCCCGCGGGACUGGACCUGGUCGUCGCCAUCCAGUUUGCGCAGUUUCUGAAUGAUUUUGCCGAUCUGCUGUGGCAUGAGAGUGCGGAUCAGUUCCGAGCUGAGUACAAGCCGCUUGAGAAUGAGCUGCGCCGGUUGCUUCAGCGGGCGUCGUGCGAGGCGUGGUUUGGCUCGCGGAAGGGCUGGACAGCGAGGCAGUACCGCCGACACAAGAUUCAGGAGUUUGUGGCGUCGGAGUUGUUCUUUGGGGACGAGAUGAGUGCUGUGGAAGGUGUUAGCCAGAGUUCAGCUGGCGCCACCGCAGGCACCGCCACAGCUCCGGCCUGUGGGCGAUCAUCCUUGGGAGUGAGCAUUUCGCUGAUCGUGGUUGCGCUGACGAUGCUGGUUCUGGGGAUGAGUUAUCGAGGGUGCCUGAUUGGCAGUGGGGAAGCUGCAUGGCGAUCGGGAGGUCAACGGGGCUGCAGAUCCUGGAACUACGGAUUAAUUAGUUGGCCCUAG